GCCAGAGUCGUUUAUUGUAGCUAGCUUCACGCUAUUGCUCUUUUGAGUUUACUGGUCUCUUCCAGUGUAUCUCCAGAGCGUCUUAACCUGCAGGAACAGGUCACAUUGAUACGGUUCGGCUCUUUGGAGGAUUUGGGGAAAAAGAACCUAGGCUAUGGCCAAGCACAUGACGGACAGCCACCGGAGGUUCCUCCAGUCUCUGAUGUGCUGUGGGAUAAUAGAGGGCUCCAAAGCCAGGGCCCUGCACAGGCACUGCUGCGAGGUGCACAGAGUACAUUAUCCCCAUGAAGGUCUAGAUGACUUUAUCCGUGUGAUCAACACUCAUCUCCAGCCUAUGUUCAUGCAGAUCCGAAAGGGGAUGUCAGAAGAAGAUGGUGUGCAAUACUACGCUCUGGUGAAUAUUACUGAAACAGAUGUGACAAGAAUGGCCUCUGAUUACUCUGACACGGAGCUGGAAUUGUUCAGAAAAGCAAUGGACCUGAUUGUGGACUCUGAAACUGGAACAGCUUCAUCCACAGAAAUCCUGAACCUUGCAGACAGACUGCAGCCAAAGAAAAUGAAAAAGAAAGAAACAGAACAAGUCCUUCAGAGACUGGUUCAACACAAGUGGUUGUAUGAGAAGGAUGGUGAAUAUACUCUAAGCACUCGCUGCAUUAUGGAGAUGGAACCCUACAUCCAGAAUAUUUACCAGGACCUGGUAAAGGUUUGCAACAUCUGCCGCAACAUUGCUAUUCAGGGUCAGAUGUGUGAAAACCCAGAGUGUGGCAUCAAAAUGCACAUACCAUGCGUGGCAAGAUAUUUCAAGGGUCGUACCGAUCCUCGCUGUCCUUCUUGCAAUGAAUUCUGGCCUCAUGAGAUUCCAGAUCUCAGUUGCCCUUCACCACAGGCACCCUCUCCUGGCCAGGCUAUGGCAGCGAAGGAGAACACUACCCAAGACACUGCACCCUCACGCUCCAAGAGAUUAAGGAAGUGAAGCUACUGUUAUGUCAUGUGACACUUCAUAAAGUUAGCUUUUAAUUUAAUAAAUAGCUUUUAAUUUAACUAUCAGCUUUUAAAAGUUUUUUUAGUUUGCUAUGAUAGUCCUCAUUAUUCAUUUUGUUUGUUCCAUGAACUGCAUGCAUAUUUUUCUCUACUAUUGUUGUUACAUGAGAAAUAGAUUAAACAACAACUAAAUAUCAACAUUACUGUUUGUCAUCGGAUAUGACUAAACUUUUACACUGUAUUUGCUGUACUAUUCAAGUGUAUUUUUAACAUAAAUAAAAUAUAUAUUUGAAAGUGAACAUUUGAAACAAAUUA